UCAGCACAUGAGUGAAACCAGUCCUCUAUAAAAGCCCAAAUCACUCAGUUUCUUUGAAACCCUAACGUGGUUUUCAGUCCCUGUAUUACCAAAAAGACCCCUAAAUUCUAUCAUUCAUGGAUCCUCAACCAGAACCUGUGAGCUAUAUCUGCGGAGAUUGCGGGCAGGAAAAUACGCUCAAGCCCGGUGAUGUGAUUCAGUGCCGAGAGUGUGGUUAUCGCAUCUUGUACAAGAAGCGAACCCGUAGAAUUGUUCAGUAUGAAGCACGCUGAAGAUGCGAGGAAGUUUCCCCUAAGUUGAUUCGAAGAAACAAAAAACAAUAGUGAUUUUAUAUUUUGUCUAUAUUGUUUGGUAAGGGGAAUGGAUGUAACUGGUCGUACCCCGUGGAUGUUGGACCAAGUCAUAUUAUUGCAAUGGUUUUGCUUAUGUGAUUGUGUCGUUGGUAUUGUCUUGUGAACAAUGAGAAAGAUGAUCAGUAAAGAUGUUCACUUUGUUGUGUUUGCUUGUGA